AUGCCAGCCGUUGGCGACCAGCAUCGCGGCGGACCCGCAUCCGUCGGGAUGCCCAACGCCCCAGGUGCCUCUAUGGCAAACCCCUUCGAAGAGCCCCGGCGACGGAUGAGCGAGUAUACUGCCACAGAGAUUGCCACUCUGCAAUCACGCCUGGAUAGACAAUUGGGACCAGAAUACAUUUCAGCACGACCGGGUGCCGGGGGACAGAAGGUGCAUUAUCUCUCAGCGGAUAAAUGCAUUAAUCUCGCCAAUGAAGUGUUCGGGUUCAACGGCUGGUCGAGCUCCAUUCAAAAAAUUGAUAUUGAUUUUAUUGAGGAGAACCAAAACACGGGCAAAAUUAGUCUUGGUCUGUCAGUUAUUGUCCGUGUGAUUCUGAGGGAUGGCACAUUUCACGAGGAUAUUGGUUACGGCCACAUUGAGAACUGCAAGGGCAAAGCAGCAGCAUUUGAGAAAGCGAAAAAGGAAGGGACAACAGAUGCAUUGAAGCGUACACUGCGGACUUUUGGCAAUGUUCUGGGUAACUGUGUCUAUGAUAAGGACUACCUUUCCAAGGUUACCAAAAUCAAAGUCACACCGGCAAAAUGGGAUGUCGAUGAGCUUCAUCGUCACCGUACAUAUGUCCCCAUCAAAAAGGAGCCUGCUCAACUAAUGCGGACAGCUGAAGAUGACGAUUUGCCUCCACCGCGCUCUGUUGCACCCGCAAGGAGCAGUAACCCAAGCAAUGCAAUUGAGGGCGAUGGAGAAUUUGGCAGUGAUUUAUUUGAUGAAGCUGAUUUCGUUGUCUCUGCUUCGAAUGGCAACCCCGACGAGAUAACUCUAGACCCAGAGCCACCACAUCAGCAACCACCACCGACACCGAUGAACCGACCGAUCCCUCCGAGAGGACCACCUCCAGGCCGAUUCGACCAAAGUGUCGUGACGCCUUCAAAGCCAGAGAGAUGGAAUGGAGGAAACCCAGCUAUGAGACAGUCAAUGCCACCGACUGCGCGACCAAAUCUGUCAGCCAUGCCAGACCAGAGACGUCCAAUGCCUGGACCUGGCCAGAUGAAUAACAUGCCAAAUGCGAAACCCGGAAUGCCGACUCAACACCCUGGCUUUGAUACCAACAAGCAAAAUAAUAACGCACAAGUCCCAAUCAAGCGAGAACCUGUUCCUGCUUCCAAUAAUGAGCCGAAUCAGCUUCCCGCUUCUCAAUCGGUUGGAUUCUACUCCGCUAGAGUGGCGGACGUACUGCGUGACAAUCCCAAUGCUGUUCCUCUUCCUGGGACUCAAUUUGAUCCUCACGCGGAAAGUCCGUCUAUUCGCAAAACCGCCGGUGUUGACCACACCAAGAGUGUUCCCAUCACCAGGCCAAUGCUGCCGGCUGCCUCUCCCGUAGCCAAUAACUCGCGUGACUUCAUCAAUCCUGCAACAGACUUUCAACGCAAGGUUGGUGCCCCAGGUGGUCCAGCUAGCGUCGGUAGCCCCUUGUCGCGUGGACCUUCAACAUCAUCAUAUCGUCCCUUAACCCGCCCCAACAUCGAUGCUCGAAACACACCCAAUCCUGCAGGCAUGAAUCGAGGAAGUGUACCUCCCCAAAACAACCCCAACGGGAAACGUCCUCCGUUGAACGAUGUUACCAACGCGACAACAUCGCAUAGCGUGAAUGCCGCUCCUGUUGCCAUGGGCCAGAAUGACCCCAAGCGACCUCGAGUGUCUGAUGUUGCUCCUGAGCAGCAACAAGCGCCCCCGGCUCCAUGA